GUUGCGGGGAGUCUAAAAUGUUUACAUGUCUAUGAGGCUACCUCUAUUAUCUAUCAACGUUGGUUAUAACUUAUAAUCUUGACACUGGACAGUGACGAGGGAUUACUAGUGGAUAGAGAUCGAUAAGAUACUAGAUACGAGAUAGGCAGUUUGGCGAGUGACGACACAUGACCAUUUAAGGGAAGCUUGAUCUCGUUGCUCGAUGCUGUCAACAGAGGCUCUAACAAGUUAAGCUUUGUUUCUGUUGUUGUUGUUGUCGUCGUCGUCGUYGCUGUCGUUUAGGUUUUGAUUUGAGAACGAUAAAAUUUGAACGGGUGAAAUGGCGUUGACCGGCUGCUAUGCGUUCAUGAAGCACGUAGUUACCCUGCUAAAUAUCCUGUAUCUGUCUUGUGGCCUAUUAUUAAUGCUACUUGCAGUAUGGAUGUGGAUAGAUCCUACAUUUUCCCUGAGUAUGGUACAAGAUGAAGCCAGUUAUUACACAGGUGUAUAUCUUAUUCUAUUUGUUGGAACAUUACUUCUGAUCGUUGGAUUUCUUGGUUGUGCAGCUGCAAUAAGUGAAUCUCAAUGUUCACUCAUUCUUUAUUUCUGUCUAUUACUUGCUGUACUUGUGGCUCAAAUAUCAGCUGCUGUGUGGAUGUAUGCAAAUAAUGAUAAAUUAGUUGAGUUAGUUCGAUAUACUGUUAAAACGACUGUUCAAUCAGAAUAUGGUUMAAUUGAAGGGCGCACAGAAACAUUUGAUGCUAUACAGAGUGGUUUUGAAUGUUGUGGUGCAUCAGGCCCAUCUGAUUGGGCUGGGAGCAAAUAUAACAACCCACGGACAGAAAGUUUAGAACUUGCAAUAAGUUCUCCAGAACAAUCAUAUAAAAUUCCUGCUUCUUGUUGUAAAGGUGAUCCUAAACAAUGUGUAGAUGCUCAAACUGCUGUUGCUUCAGGACCAAUUUCUGAAUUCAUUUAUUCUGAGGGAUGCACUGAAAAAUUAUUGUAUACAUCGCGGAAGAGUAUGAUUAUAUUCCUUGUAUUACUUGUGGCAAUUGGAUCAGUCGAGUUCUUUGGUUUAGUUUUGGCAUUAAUAUUAUGUUGUGCUAUAAGAGCAGUCAACACAUACAAAAAUUAAAUUCUGAUGUCAAUUUUUCUAUAAUCUUAUACAAAAAAGCUUUAAAUAUAUUUUAAAAAUAUAAUUUACUAAUAAUUAUUAAUAAUUGUCAAUUUGAAUAGAUUUUCUAUUGUUAUUGCUUAAUAAUUCAUUGACUAACAUUUGAAAUAAAAUAAGUAAAUUGUUUUACUUUAUCCUAUUCAGUCAAUGUUCAGAUAACUAUACUCUUAUGUUAUCCUUACAUCACUUUAUACGCUCCAUCCAGUGUUCAAAUUAAAUUUAGCAUCUUCCAUUUCAAUUAUAUUGUGUAAACCAUUUUUUUACAUCACAA